UUGGUCGAGACAAAAGCAAAAGCAUUUCGGCUUCGGAUUACGACAUUCUGACACGAGUACAUAUUCCUCAAAAAUACUACUACCAACAUGACAACGGAAAUAAGUGCAUUAGAUCUGCUGAAGUUGGGCGGCAAACUUGUCCUCCAUAAAAUCGUUCAGUACAAAUUGUCAACCAAAUUCACAUCCAUCGUUCCCACCAAGUAUGGAUUGGUUAAGGGAUUGCAACGCAAGACAUUAUACGACGAGGAGCCAUACUUUGCCUUCGAAGGAAUUCCGUAUGCCAAGCCACCACUGGGAGAGCUGCGAUUUAGAGCACCACAACCACCGGAGCCUUGGAAGGGAAUCAGAAAUUGCACUUAUCUUCGUUCGAAGCCCGCUCAAAUUCAUUUUCUAUUGCACACUUUUGAAGGCGCCGAGGAUUGUCUCUAUAUCAAUGUGUAUACUAAGCACCUGAAAUCAGAUAAGCCACUUCCAGUUAUGGUUUAUAUCUUUGGCGGCGGAUUUCGAAUCGGCGAAGCCUCCAGGGAUUGUUAUAGUCCAGAUUAUUUUAUGAAGAAAGACAUCGUACUCGUCACAUUCAAUUAUAGAGUUGGCGCUCUAGGUUUUCUCAGUCUACGAGAUCGUGAUUUAGAUGUGCCCGGCAAUGCGGGUCUCAAGGACCAGGUUCUUGCGCUUCGCUGGAUCCACGAAAACAUCUCAAACUUUAACGGAGAUCCAAACAACAUAACGGUGAUGGGCACCAGCGCUGGGGCAGCCUCAACACAGAUUAUGAUGACCACAGAACAGACGCGAGGACUCUUCCACAAGGCGAUCAUCAUGUCAGGCUCAUCACUGUGUGACUGGGUGAAUGAGUACGAUUAUAACUUUCCUUAUCGACUUGCCUGUCAUCUGGGCUACUUGGGCAGCAACAACGAAAAGGAAGUCUUCCGUUUUUUACAAAAGACUUCUGCAAAAAAACUUUGUUUCAACAAACUUCUAACCAAAGAAGAGAAGAGAGAUCAUGUGCUAUUUGGAUUUGUACCAGUUGUUGAACCCUAUGAUAGUGAGAGUUGUGUUAUUCCCAAGUCCAACGAGGAAACUCUAUCGACGGCUUGGGGAAAUGAAAUACCAGUUAUCAUUGGUGGCACCUCCUUUGAGGGAUUGUUGUUUUAUCAGUUUGCCAUGCAUGACGCGAGUUAUGUUCUAAGGAACUUUGAAUCGCUAAUUCCCCGAGAAGUGCGUGCAAUUUCCACACCAGCACAAAUCAAGGAGUACGUACUUCGACUGAAAGAGGACAGCUUCAAAGAUGCCACAAGGGAACAAAUGGAACUAAAAGAAUGCUUGCAAUUGCUCUCCUUCAAACACUUCUGGCAUGGCCUACAUCGCACUGUUCUCGCCCGUUCGGCCUAUGCUUCAAAAACCCCUACUUACCUUUAUCGCUUUGAUUUCGACUCCCCUACUUACAAUUUUUAUCGCAUUAUGAACUGUGGGAACCAUGAACGAGGAGUUUCGCACGCGGAUGAUGUGUUCUACCUAUUUUACUCUGUUUUAUCCUUUAAACUGGAUAAGUCUUCUCCCGAAUACCAAACUAUUGAGAACAUGAUUGGCAUGUGGACUUCGUUUGCCAAACAAGGAAAUCCAAACUGUGCUCAGAUUGAACCGGUUCGAUGGGAGGCGAUUGAACCUAACGAAACUCUCAAGUGCCUCAACAUUGGCACAAAACUUGAGUUCGUAAAUUUUCCUGAACGUAAGCAACUAAAACUCUGGGAUAGCUUCUAUGAAAAACUGAAACUAUUUUAAGUCUACUCUCUAGACAACUCAUAGAGCAAGUGUACAUGAUUUUGUUAAUCUUACUGUAAAUAAAAAACACAC